AGGAGCCAAAUCCAUGCAGACAGACCCCUACACCUGCACAGGCUUCCACUGAAGAAUCACCACCAAGCUGGAGCAAACAAGUAAAAGCAUUGACUCAAGUGCCCACAUGAUCACCACGGCCAGGGUACCUGCUGAUAAGCCGGUACGAAUUGCCUUCAGCCUUAAUGAUUCCCCAGAUGAUGCUUCCCCUGAAAACUUCUCUUUGGCAUUUCCAGAACUAGAUCAGCAGCUGCAGCCUCUGCCUCCUUGUCAUGACUCUAAGGAAUCUAUGCAGGUGUAUAAACAGCACUGCAAAAUAGCAGAAGAGUACCACGAGGUCAAGAAAGAAAUUGCUCUGCUGGAAGAAAGAAAAAAGGAGCUGAUUGCCAGGCUGGAGCAAGUGGAGAAAGAGAGCAUGGAUGCUGCUCGGCUGGCCAAGGAGUACGCACAGCUGACAGAGGAGAACCGGACGCUGAAGCUGGCCCAGACACAGUGUGUGGAGCAGCUGGAAAAGCUCAGGAUACAGUACCAAAAGAGACAGGGCUCCUCAUAAGUCCCAGCCAGCUCAUGGGAGGCACUUCAUACAGGAAUGGAAAACAGAUUUUAAAAUAAAGAUCUGUUUCGUAUGUUACAACACUUUACUACGGAUACAGAGUAUGUAGAAGUCUGAAUUUGAUUUAAUGCUUGCCACCCAGUAGCUUAAUAUAAUGGAUAUUUCAUCCAUUAUAUAAUGAAUGUUUUAUUUCAAGUAACAUAAUUGAAGUUAAUCUAUCCCCAUUAUAUGUUCUAGUGGAUCAGGUUUCUUUUCUAAACAUAUUUCUUCCAAUUUAAGAAGAUAUGGACACACUAGAAAAUUAUAUUAAUAGUGUUGGAAAUUUGGAUCAUACUAAGGACUGGGACAGUGUUAAUUUAUGGAAUACAUGUAUGUUAAUUUUAGUUUGGUAAAUUCUUUUUAAAUUAUUUUCCUCAUGCAUAAAGUGUUUGGAAGUUAUCUUGAAGCAGAUCUCCUCACUAGUAGAAACCAUACUUGAUGUCAACUUCACACUGUUGUAUAAAAUCUGAAAAACUGCACAUUAAAAACUGAAGUAACAAAAUUAUUUUUUAUCAAACAAGUGCACUGCCAGUGAUAAUUUUCAAGUUAUAAAAUUAAAAGGAAACAGAUGAGAUCAAACUUUCCUGCCUUAAGUGUAAAGAUUACUUGAGUGCCUUUUUAUUGUACUUUUAGGCAUGCAAGAAAUGAAAAAUUAAUAUAGGAAUCAUAAUUUCAUCAUACUUUCAACUGAGACUAUGUCUGUAAAGUUAUUGUAAGGCUCUUUUGUUCUUAUUUUCUGGUCCAUUUUGAAACAUAAGUGGCUGUAAGUAGAGACAGGAGUUCUGUGAUACACAAAUAACUGGGAAGUAAAAUGUCAGUUUUACUUGCUCUAUUUAUCCCUGUAUUCUCUUAGAUCAACUUCAAAAUCUUGGUUAUACCCCCAUUUCUAUCCAUAGACUAGUUUUUUCAUUAAAAGUGGAUGUAGAAAAGCCCUUUUAUGUUCUAAAUGUUCUCAAAUCACCCUGUAUUUUAAACUCUGCUUGUCAGAUGCUGCUUGUUACAUCUUCAUGAGCUUAGAAUUCAACUUAAUGUGUUAUUAGUACUGUGUCUUAGUAAUUGAAAACUAUGAAGUUAAGACUUGCACCAGGACUUUAGCUUUGAUUAUUAUGAUUAAUCUGCCAUGAAAACAGAACUUCAUGUUAAUCAGACCAAUUCCUGGCAGCAAAGGGGAGAAAAAAAGAACUACAAGCUGCCUGUAAUUUAUCUGUGCUAACUGCCUACAGUAUUCCCUGCAGCACAGGUGGGAAAAGUGGCUCUGUGAUACUCCAAGCGCUGCAACAGGACAGCAUGAAGAGGUAGCAGGAGAGGACAACCUUGUUUCCACUUCUCCUCCUGAGCCACCAGGGCAGUGUCAGCAUCCAAACUUGGCACUGCUUCCUGCUAUA